AUGAAUCUUCAGCUGAAGCCGGGCGAAUUGCAAAAAAAGAAAAAGAAUACGCCGAAAAAGAAACCGGGAGUGCCCAAGGAAGAAACACAAAGCGGUGACGAGAAAAAGGAAGAAGUGACGCCGAUCAGCAAGCAGUUGUGGGAGCAACGGAAAAAGGAAAACGCUCGCAAGAUGGAGGAACAACUUAAGGCGCUGGUGCGUCAACGAGAUGCAGCGGAGAGACGACUCAAGCGGGUGCAGACGGACUUGAGAACCAGUGCAGCGGCGCCGAACGAAAAUUUGCGGAAUCUGCAUUUUCUGAAGUUCCAGCUAAGCGACAUCGAGAAUAUCUUUGCUAAGUUCUGUGAGUACCAGGAGCAGAUUUUCGCGAUGGCACUCUCAGAGGACGAGCAUGCCAAGCACGAGAAAUGCGAGCUGGAGAUCGAAGCGUUGCGCCGCGGGCUUACGCUUAGGAUCAACGAUAUCAUCGAGAAGCUGGAGAAACCCACACCGACCACUGCGCUCGUUCCGGCAGCUCCCGCCGUCGCCAACACACAACCGAAUCUUCCGCCACUAAGUGUACCUCUGCCAAAGUUCGACGGAACAUACGAAACAUGGUACUCGUUCAAGUCCAUGUUUCAGAACAUAAUGGCGCGGUACACCAACGAGGCACCGGCGAUCAAGCUGUACCAUCUCCGGGACGCGCUGAUCGGCAAGGCAGCCGGCGUCAUCGAUCAGGAAAUGAUCAACAAUAAUGAUUAUGACGCGGCGUGGGCUGUCUUGGAGGAGCUGUACGAGGACAAACGUGCGAUCAUCGAUCGGCACAUUGACAACAUCUUCGCGCUGCCGAAGAUAACCCGCGACAACGCCGCAGAGCUCCGGAGGGUCAUUGACAUCUGCGUGAAGAACACCGAAGCCCUGAAGAAACUGAACCUCCCAGUCGACGGACUGGGGGAGCAGAUGGUUGUGAACCUGCUGGCCUCCAGAAUGGACAAAGACACGCGCAGAGCAUGGGAAGCAACCCAGAAGGCGGGUGUGUUGCCGACGUACGAGGCCACGAUCACGUUCCUGAAGGAGAAGCGCAGAAUCGCGGAUAAGCUGGAGCAGAACAGUGAGACAAAGUGUUCAGUGUGUAACCAGGAUCACGAAGUGAUUAAGUGCGACCAGUUUAAGCUGAAAAGUGUGAACGAGAGGUACAGCCACUUGCGAAAGCAUGGCCUGUGCUUCAACUGCUUGAGGAAGGGGCACCGCACCGACGGGUGCACGUCGACCAACUCGUGCCAGAAAUGCAGCAAGCGACACCAUACUUUGCUUCACACCGAUGGGCCGAAGAAGCAGGAGGCGGCUGCGAACACGACGUCGACGGUUGUGCAGAAGCCCAACGAGGAAGGCCGCGCUCAAACUGUUCCGCAGACAACGGCGGGGACGUCCCAGUCCGGCCAAGGUUUGACACUCUGCACCACGUCCGAGGCCCCAAGGAAGCAGACGCUACUCUCGACGGCUGUAGUGCUAGUUUACGGCGCCGGCAGCGUACCCUACCUGUGUAGGGCGCUGAUUGACUCGUGUUCACAGAACCAUUUCGUGACCGAGCGCUUUGCUAACCUUCACCUGGUGCGCGCGAAGGUCAAGUCCCGCGUUGGCAACUUUGCUGCCGACCUCGAGCUCCUGGUGGCCCCGAAGAUCACUGGCGACGUGCCAGUGAAGACGAUCGACAUCGCAGGGUGGAACUUGCCACGAGACGUUGACCUUGCGGAUCCUAACUUCAACCAGCGAGGCCGGGUCGACAUGCUGCUCGGAGCGGGCAUAUUCUGGGAUCUCAUGAAGGCGAAGAGAAUCACGCUGGCGGCGAACCUCCCAUCGCUCAGAGACACGGAACUGGGCUGGGUGGUCGGUGGCGUGAUGUCAGAAUGUACACCAGUGAUCGCACGUACAUUCUGCACCGUGAACGAGGACGAAGAGCUGAACAAGCUGCUGAACCGGUUUUGGGAGAUCGAAGGAGUCGAAAAUCUGCGGCGACCGGUGACGUCGACGGCUGAAGAGAGUCUCGAGCACUUCCGGAGCACGUACAGUCGCAGGCCAGAUGGGAGAAUUGUUGUUCGCCUCCCGUUCAACGAGCGCAAGAGUGACCUGGGCGUGUCACGAGAGAUGGCGAUCCGUCGGUUCCUGAACCUCGAGCGGCGGCUUGAUCAGCAACCCGACCUGAAACAAGAGUACGCCAAGUUUAUUCACGAGUACGAGCAGCUUGGACACAUGAAGGAAGUCGAUGUCGGACCGUCCGAACCACCUGGAUCCGCGUACUACCUGCCGCAUCACUGCGUCUUGCGGCCCAGCAGUACUACAACGAAGUUGAGAGUCGUGUUUGACGGCUCUGCGAAAACGUCGACUGGAGUGUCCAUAAACGACGCGCUGAAGGUUGGCCCCACGGUCCAGAACGACCUGUUGUCGAUCCUGCUGAACUUCCGCUGCUACCGGUACGUCUUCACCACGGACAUCCCGAAGAUGUUCCGCCAGAUUGAGCUGCACCCCGAAGACACGCCGUACCAGCGCAUACUUUGGCGUGACGACCGAUCGCAGCUGUUGAAGGUGUUCGAGCUCAAGACGGUGACUUACGGCCUGGCCUCAUCUCCGUUCCACGCGACGAUGGCGUUGAACCAGAUUGCGGAGGAUGGCGAGAAGGAGUUCCCGUUGGCCUCGGCGGCAUUGAAGAAAUCGUUCUACGUGGACGACGGACUCUGCGGAGCGCAGAGUGUGGAAGAAGCCCGAUUGCUGAGUCGAGACUUGCGCAAGCUGCUGAACACCGGCGGCUUCGACGCGCACAAAUGGUGCGCAAACGAUCCAGCGAUUCUCGAAGAAGUCCCGGAGAGCCUCUGGGGAACAACGUUCGACCUGAAGGACGCGGCUGCCAAGUCGGUCGUGAAGACGCUGGGUGUGGCGUGGAAUGCGUCGCAGGACUGGUUCACCUUCAGCGUGCUGCCACCCGAGGAAGAAACGAAGCCGCUCACGCGGCAGAAAGUACUCAGCGAAAUCGCCAAAUUCUUUGAUCCACUUGGCCUGGCUGGUCCGGUGGUGACAACUGCGAAGCUGAUCUUGCGGAAGGUCGGCACGUUGAAGAACAUCGGCUGGUUGGAUCCGGUUCCGGAGAGUGUGGCCAACGAGUGGCGUCGAUUCCGGCAGCAGCUGCCUGCACUGAACGACUUUCGGGUCUCCCGGUGGGUCUACGACGAAAGGGCAGAACGCGUUGAACUCCACGGUUAUUCCGACGCGUCGGACGAUGCGUAUGGCGCAAGCGUGUACGCACGCAACAUCUACCCGGACGGCGAGAUCACGAUGCGGUUGAUUUGCAGCAAGUCAAAGCUCCUCCCGAAGAAGGUCAAGAACGUCCCGAAAGAAAUCAGCACUCCCAAGGGCGAACUUGAGGGUGCGCUGCUUCUCGCUGAACUGGUUGACAAGCUGAUAAACGCCGUCGAUGUUUGCUUCGAUUCGGUGAACUUGUGGUGCGACUCGCAAGUGGUGCUGAGCUGGAUCGCGAAGAAGCCCGACGACCUGGAACUGUUUAUGGCCAACAGAGUGAGGAAAAUCCAGCAGCUGACCAGUAAGUACCGGUGGGGAUACAUCCCGACGGAUGACAAUCCUGCCGACCUGAUUUCGAGAGGGGUGAUGCCCAAAAACUUGAUCCAGCGGGUCAUUUGGAAAGACGGGCCGGUGUCGAUGAACAAUCGCACAAUCGAGGUUGUGCAACCCCCUCUUCUCGACGGCGCGGACCUCCCGGGAUUGCGAUCCUCGAAGUGUCUGGCACUGGCGGCGCCGACUCAGCGAUUGCGGAUCUUCGACAAGCUCGGAGAUUUCCGCCGACUGCUUCGCAGCAUGAGCCUGGUGGUGCGGUUUGCGAACUACAUCAUCUCAAGAAGGAGGGUGGUGGUGAAGGGCUUGCCGACGAGCGAGGAGCGCGCGGCGGCGCUGAAGCUAAUCCUGCGCUUGGUGCAACGAGAGACGUUCCAGACCGAGCUGUUGGCGUUGAAGGAGAGCCACUCGCACCGUCUGCGAGGACUGAACCCGUUCAUCGAUCCUGACGACGGCCUUCUGAGAGUUGGCGGUCGGAUCAAACAAGCAUUCGUGCCGUACGACAGCCGGCACCAGAUCCUGAUGCCUGCCAAGCACCCUGUCACGGAAUCGUUCAUCCGCUACGAGCACGUAAAGAACCUCCACGUGGGCCAGAAGGGCCUGCUUGCACUGAUACGCCAACGCUUUUGGCCGAUGAACGUCAAGACGACUAUCCGGAAGGUGAUUCGGGGAUGCGUGACGUGUUUCCGAGUGGAUCCAACAAAGACGGUUCAGCUGAUGGGAGAUCUCCCGUCGUACCGCGUGCAACCUGCCCCGGCGUUCUUCCACACUGGUGUUGAUUUCGCUGGGCCGUUCCUGAUCAAGUCGCUGACCGCAGCACGAAGGCCGAUGAUGACAAAGGGGUACGUGUCCCUGUUCGUGUGUAUGAGCACAAGAGCCAUACACCUGGAGCUGGUCUCUAGUCUUACAACGGAUGGGUUUCUGGCUGCCCUGCGGCGUUUCACUGGACGACGGGGCCUGGUGAAUAAGAUGUACUCGGACAACGCGACCAACUUUGUUGGAUCGGAGACCGAACUCGAGCGACUCGCCAAGUUGUUUGCAGAGGAGCAGCACGUUGAGAAGGUGGAGGAGUUCUGCAGCAGCCGCGGAAUCACUUGGAGUUUCAUCCCGCCACGCAGCCCACAUUUCGGUGGAAUCUGGGAAGCUGGGGUAAAAUCGGUCAAGUAUCACCUGAAGCGAGUAGUCGGCAACCAGAAACUCACCUUCGAAGAACUGACCACCGUGCUUGUGCAGAUAGAAGCCGUGCUGAAUUCGCGGCCUUUGACGCCGUGCUCCAACGACCCGAACGAUUUGACCGCCGUGACCCCAGCACACUUUCUCAUCGGACGAGAAAUGCAAGCAGUUCCAGAGCCGUCGUAUCUCCAGCUCAAGCAAUCGGCGCUGUCCCGCUGGCAACACGUGCAGGCAAUGCAACAGCAGUUCUGGAAGAGGUGGAUUGCGGAGUAUUUGCCGGAGCUGCAGAACCGCCAAAAGUGGUUGAAAACCACCAAGAUCCAACCGGGCGCUUUGGUGCUGAUCAGCGACCCGAACGCUCCGCCGAUGCAGUGGCAACUUGGUCGAAUCAUCGCACUGCAUCCCGGCAAGGACGACGUCACCAGGGUGGUGACACUACGAACAGCGAAGGGCGAGUGCAAGCGAGGCGUGUCGGAGAUAUGCCUGCUUCCGCUGGACCAGGAAGUAACGGAGGAUUGA